AUGGCUUCGAUCACACCCGCUUUGUGUGGCCCUGUGUUGAACACCUCCUUCCUUAGGAGACAGCCUGUGAACAUCACAAGCCUGAAGGCAUUCCCCAACGUUAACGCCAUGUUUGGUGUGACAGGAGGACGUGGAGGUGGUGUCACUGCCAUGGCCAGUUACAAGGUGAAGCUGCUGACCCCAGAUGGAGAGCAAGAGUUUGAAUGCCCAGAUGAUACAUACAUUCUUGACCAGGCGGAGGAACAAGGCAUCGAACUUCCCUACUCAUGCAGGGCUGGUUCUUGCUCUUCAUGCGCUGGCAAAGUUGUGGCUGGCGAGGUCGACCAGUCAGAUGGUAACUUCCUUGAUGACGACCAACUUGCUGAAAGAUUUGUUCUCACCUGCGUUGCUUACCCCACCUCUGAUGUUGUUAUUGAAACCCACAAAGAGGAGGAGCUCACUGCUUGA